AUGGGCACCGCAAGGGAUGCGCUCGCCCCGGGCCGGCGGCACGAUCCGCUCCGGCUCCUGGAGCCGCUCCCCCAGACCGCGCAGAGCCGCCCCCCGCCCCAGCUCCCGGGGCAGCUCCCGCCGCAGAGCGGGGCCGGGCCGGGCCGGGCCAAACCGGGGGCAGCGGCCCCUGCGGGGGGGGUCUGUCCGUCCGUCCGUCCGUCCGCCCCCGCCCCCGCCCCGCUGUCCCCCCGCCCGAAUCGCGGGUCCCGGCCCCGUUACCUGCCGGAGGGCGGCCCGUGGGGCGGGGGCCCGGAGCCGCCCCCGGGGAGCCGGGGUAGCCCCGCAUCGCGGCGGGCGGGCCGCGGCCGGCACGAACCGGUUGUAACUCGGGCGGGGGAGGAGCUGCCGGGGGCCGGGGCCGCCUCCGCCCGCAGCCCCGGCGCGGGGGGACCGCCCCGACCCCCGCCCCUCCGGGCAGGCGGGGCCGCUCGGCUCGGGCUCGGGCUCGGGCUCACCUCCGCCGCCCAACGCUGCCCUGCCCCGCUCCACCCCCUGUCCCGCGGGCACAGGCGGGCCGAGGGUCGCCCCCAGCCCGGGGCCGUGCGGGAGCCGCCCCCGAGCCCCGGGAGCGGCGCUCACCGCGGGGUCCCUGCCCGCCGGGUGCCCGUCCGCAGCGCUGCCCCCAUUGUCAGCAGCCCGGGGCACGGGGACCCCCAGCGCCACCCCCGCUCCUCGCCCCAAGGCAGCCGCAGGCCGCGCUCCCCCGGCACCGUGCGGGUCCCCGGGGCGGCGGAGCGGCCGCAGCACGGGCACGGGCGCUGGCUCCCGCACCAGCCGUGCCAAAACCCGCAAAGUUGCGCUGCAGACAGCGAUGCAGGCAGCGCACAUGCGGCACUGCUACCCCAGCCUGUCCGCUCCGGGGAGAGACAACUCACUCGUGUGUCAGCGCACCCACUGCCUUCAGGGGCCGCCUCAUGGGAGCCCCGGGCCGGGUCCGUGUGCGUGGCACGUCCAGCGCUGUCACACGGGCGGCAGGGCGGCCGGCAAGUUCAGCACCUGCGAUGCUCACCCUCCAGGCUGCAAAGGCUGCCGCAGAAGCUGCUGAACACCCAGCGAGUAUCAGCCCCCACCUCGGGCGUGCUCAGGGUGACAGCUCUGCUGCUGCCUCUACCCAAUUAG